AUUGGCCGCCAUUUUGUGUUAGGCCCACUCUUCCAAAGCGGGAGAAAAUUAUUAGUCCGGCGCUCGGCACGUACGGACGGUCACCGCGGGACUGAAGGGAGCAGCCACAGACGCCGUGUAUCCAAAAGAAUAAAACGGGGAAAAGAAGCAGCCGGGAGGUGUCAGUUGGUUUGCGCCAUGGAGGGCGAAGUUGUUUCCAUCGAGACCACUCAGACUGCUGCCCUGGCUGCUGAUGGAAAGGUCCUGCAGGAGGGUGGAGACGCCUUGAUGCAAGGGGCAGCCAUAGCUGCACAGGGGGGUGUGACUGGUAACAUGGAGAUGAUGGUGAUGGACGCUCUCGAUCCAACCCUUCUGCAAAUGAAGACGGAGGUGCUGGAGGGCGGUGGCACAGUGACUGUUACUGGUGGAGAUGAGGGUCAGAUAAUCACGCUGCAGGUGGUGAAUAUGGAGGAGCAGACAGGAGCUGCGUUAGGUCUUGGGCAACUUCAGCUGGUGCAGGUACCUGUCACAACAGCAACCGUUGAGGGGCUCCAGGCCACCUUUGUUGAUGCAUCAGGAGCCAACAAGGACGCCGAGCCGGUUAUCUGUCACACUCUUCCCUUGCCCGAGGGCUUCCAGGUGGUAAAAGUGGGUGCCAAUGGUGAAGUAGAGACUGUAGAGCAGGAGGAGCUCCAGGCAGCCCACGAGGAGCUUCAAGGGACGAGGGGAGAAGAGGAGGAGGAGGAAGCGGAAGCGGAGGCAGCAGAAGUAGAAACCACUGUGCCUCAGCAAGAAGACCCAGAAUGGACCAAAGACCCAGACUACCAGCCCAUCACCACUGUCCGUAAAGGAAAGAAGGGAAAGAAGAGCCGCCUGCGAUACGGGGAGGGCGAUCGCGACAUGGACGUUUCUGUGUACGACUUUGAAGAAGAGCAGCAGGAGGGGCUGCUGUCAGAGGUGAAUGCUGAGAAGGUUGUGGGCAACAUGAAGCCACCAAAGCCCACAAAGAUCAAGAAAAAAGGUGUAAAGAAGACUUUCCAGUGUGAGCUGUGUAGCUACACCUGUCCAAGGCGCUCCAACCUGGACCGACACAUGAAGAGCCACACAGACGAGAGGCCACAUAAAUGUCACUUGUGUGGACGAGCCUUUCGUACAGUCACACUGCUGAGAAACCACCUCAAUACACACACAGGCACUCGGCCACAUAAGUGCACAGAUUGUGACAUGGCAUUUGUGACCAGCGGUGAGCUGGUGCGUCAUCGUCGCUACAAACACACACACGAGAAGCCCUUCAAGUGCUCCAUGUGCGACUAUUGCAGCGUGGAGGUGAGUAAGUUGAAAAGGCACAUCCGCUCUCACACAGGGGAGCGACCCUUCCAGUGCAGUCUGUGCAGCUAUGCCAGCAGAGACACUUACAAGCUGAAGAGACACAUGAGGACACAUUCAGGGGAGAAGCCAUACGAGUGCUACAUCUGCCAUGCCCGUUUCACACAGAGCGGCACCAUGAAGAUGCAUAUUCUGCAGAAACACACGGAGAACGUGGCCAAGUUCCACUGCCCACACUGUGAUACUGUCAUCGCACGCAAGAGUGACCUCGGUGUUCACUUGCGAAAGCAGCACUCAUUUAUUGAGACGGGAAAGAAAUGCCGUUACUGUGAUGCUGUGUUUCAUGAGCGAUACGCUCUCAUCCAACACCAGAAGACUCACAAGAAUGAGAAGCGUUUCAAGUGUGAACAGUGCGACUACUGCUGCAGACAGGAACGCCACAUGGUAAUGCACAAGCGUACACACACAGGGGAGAAGCCGUUUGCCUGCAGCCAGUGUGAGAAAACAUUCCGGCAGAAGCAGCUUCUGGACAUGCACUUCAAGCGCUACCACGAUCCCAACUUCAUCCCCACUGCCUUCGUCUGCAGCAAGUGCAACAAGACAUUCACACGCAGGAACACCAUGCUACGCCACACUGAAAACUGCAUGGGUGAAGUUGUUGAAGAAAAUGGAACUCCCACACCCAAAAAAGGUCGCCGGGGCAGGAAGAGGAAGAUGCUGGCCAGGAGGGAUGAUGAUGGUGAUACAGAAGAUGAACUGGACGAGGCGGAGGAGGAGGAGGAGGAGGAAGAGGAGGAGGAGGAGGAGGUGUUAAGUGAGAUUGAGGUGGAACAGGCCCCACCAGUCGUCCCUAUCCCAGCCCCUGUGGAGCCACCAGUCAAGAGGAAACGUGGACGGCCCCCGAAGAGCAAACCAGACACGGCUGCUAUCAUUCGUGUGGAGGACGAGGUCACUGGAGAGGUGGAUGACAUAAUUGUGAAGAAGGAGGUUGGCGCCGAACAAGAUGACCAGGAGGACGGCAACGAGGAGGCCACAGAGGAGGUGGUGGUCGGUGGAGGGAAGUCGACCAUUCAGAUGGAGGAGCUACCCCAGGAAGAGGGGGCUGCGCAGGAGGUGCAGCUGGCUGAGGCCCCGCCUAACGGGGACCUGACCCCUGAGAUGAUCCUGAGCAUGAUGGACCGGUGAUGGAUGUGAGGGUCAAACCUGCAAACACGCGCAUCGCAUCUCCAUUUUUAUUCUUCGAAAUUAGGAUUGCAAACACUUGCGUCCCUGCACAGAAACAUCACUGUUGUAAUUUAAGAUUUGCUUUUUAAUCAUGUAUUGAAAAAAGAUUUGGAUGAGUGAAAAGCAUUUUGUUUUUGUUUUGUUUUUUUAAUUUGCCUACCAAAACAACAUGCAUUUCAUUAUAUUGGAGUUUGGUGUGGCUGUAAUUGACAGCAGUAUCUUUAGCCUCUGCAUUGUUGCCUUUGGUGUUUAGUCAUUCUGUCAUGUGGUAGAUAACAGAUAUGCUACAAUGUCUACAUAACCUCUGGCUACAUUUCUGCACAAUAGUCCCACUAAAUGUUUUUAAAUGGUAGAACUACUUUUCCCUAAAGUCAGACUAUGUGCAUGUCAUUUUACAAAAGAUUUGGAUAAGCUUUUCAAUCUAUUUUCUUUUUAACCCUUUUUGUUUUACUUGUGAUAUAUAUGUAGUAAGUUUGUAUACCUCUUGUGCCAUUGGAUUCAUUUUAGAUAGACCGUGGUGGACACAUAAUGUGGACCUUGCUUUCCCCCUUUUCCAUCAUCCCUCACUGUAGCGCUCCAUGUAUCUCUGAACUUCACUGUAGUAAAAUCUGGAGAUGAAAAUUGGCUUUUGGGGUUUGAAGUUUUAGAAGAAAAGGCACAGUCAUGUAAAUUUAGGCCCAAGAUGAAAGUCACUGACGCGUCAUCGAAAAUGAUUUAAAAUUGCAGAAACAAAGAUGCAACUUUCAGGAAGAUGAUACUGCCAUUAAUCACAGCCAUUUCAAUAGGAGACCUUUAUUUUUGGAUAUCUUUAUUUUUUGGUUUCUGUUUCUGUGGUUAGUAAAUCUCUUUUAAGCCUAUUCUAGUUUUUAAAAGCUUAAUAGACUUAUCUUAUGCUCCUUUCUUGCUACUCUUAACAACCCUAGAUGAUGCUUAUGUACUGAACAUAACAGUGCAAGAAAAGAACGUUGUUUUGUUCCUUUUGUGUAGCCAUUCCACUUUAGGUUGAUGUUUUCUUUUUGUACCUAAUGCAAUGCUACGUAGCAGCUUGAAUGACAUUUUAAUAAAUGUGUGGCAGACGAAAACAGAUGUAUGACUGUACAACCAAUAAAAAAAGUAGACAUUGAAAUGGACAUUUUAGGUUUCUGCAGCUGUAAUCGCAAUCGUGGAUAUUGAAAAUGAGUCUGGUUUGGUUGAAGUUAACAUUGUUAGUGGCACAGCAACAAAAAAUAGAUGGCUUGAAUCAUUGUUUAUUGAAAAUAGCUGAGAAACAACUGAGCGCUAACAGAAAUGGAAAUAUCCGUGUAUUUUGCUUGCAAAUAUAUUUUAUUAAAUGGACGACUUGA